AUGCCGGGCGGUGGAGAGGGAAGGAACGCGGCGCAGUUCGCUCGGUCUUCCCUCGCUCUGCAGACGCUGGACCAUGGCUACUACAAGUCCCAAUACUCGCCAUCUUAUCCAAUACUGAAAGGAUCAUGGGAAAGUGUAGGCGGAGGGGAUCGACGGAACGUGGUAACGAGUGGAACCCUGGACAGUGGAAAAAGGACUAAGGCCGUGAGGCUCUCCUUCGCCUUCCCCUUCUACGGGCACCCCGUCCGCAACCUCUCCAUAGCAACGGAAGGUUUCCUCUCCACGGGGUCGCUCCUGCUGUCGUCACUGGCGUCUACACAGUACAUCGCACCGCUCAUGGCCAACUUUGGAGCGGGGAAGGAUCCCCCCUCGGUAGUCAGGUAUCGUGACAACGGCACCAGCUUUACGGUGGAGUGGUCAAAGGUCAAGCUUCAGGACAGUGGCGAGGGUGGAAGAUUCAGCUUCAUGGUGACACUGUUCAAAGAUGGCCGGAUUGCCUACUUCUACAAAGAGAUUCCUACGCCAGUGGAGAGAAUAGAUGACUCAUCAUAUCCCGUGAGAGUCGGCAUAUCAGACGCGUACACUGUUGACGUGUUAUUAUAUCCAAGUGCAAAUGGCCACAGAAAGACGAUUUACGAGUACAACACGAUCGACUUGGAUCUGUCCAAAGUCAAGAAUGGAUCUUCGUUCUUCCUGUCACCGCUCCCAACCUGUACACAGUUCCCCGACUGCCAGAGCUGCGUUAGUGCCAGGAUAGGGUUCGAGUGUAGAUGGUGCAGAUCUUUGCGCAGGUGCUCCGACGGUGGGAAGGAUCGUAACAAACAGCAGUGGGUAGACGCCAGGUGUGACGAACAGUCUGCCAGCAUGGUGUGUGAGGCUCCGAAGGUGGCAACGACAACCGCGCCUACUCCACCCGAACUGUUACUGGAUGGGUCAGUCAUUACCCAAGACAACCUGACAGACACCAUGACGAGACCGGAUUCUGGUCAACUGCCUCCCCAAGAGACCACGCCCAAAUCCUCCAGCAGGCAGAAGACGGUCCACAACUUUCUUGACGAUGGACCUUUUCCGGUGGAAGUAGAAGUGAACGGUAACGCGAAAGAAAAUAAGAACAAAAGGAAAAGGACUUCUGUGAAGACACGCCCGCGGUAUCUUGAGACAGAAGUCAUCAUCGGUAUAUUGAUUGCCGUGGUUGUCCUAGUGAUCGCCAUCGCCUGGAUCAUCCAUGCGUAUUCCAGGAGAUCCUCCCCGGAGCUGGUCGUUGUAGAGUGGCGUGGUCCUGAUGUUGUCAAACCGGACGCUUGAAGAGUCUGCUCACGGUCCUUAGUUUUAAAAGUCUGUUGACUUCUUGUGGGAAGACGCAGUGUUUUAUCCCGACAACAUGUAGAUCCUACAGGGACAACACGAACCCGACAGGAGGUUGUUUUCUGGUGUCUUUCAACACUUUAUUGUGGCCUUUUGUCUAAGUGUUUGUAGGACUGUUAUACCGUUACAAUAACGUCUGUUCAGGGUGAUAUCGUUCAUCAAUAGGCAACAGAAGUUCAACAAGUAGGCAUCGAAAGGAAAGACUGUACCUUUAUCUGUGGGUACAGUGCCGAAGGGUCUUUAGAACCCUAGUUUAUGGAAUUAACUUUUAUGAAAUGGGCAGAAAACUCUAUGCUAUGGCAGCCUAUGUUUCGUACCACAAACCACAACGCUAUAUGGUAUCCAUAUAGCUGGGCUUCAGCCUUCACAGAUGAGAAAUGACACCUUUUUCGGCCAGUUAAAUACCUGAAAGAGUAGUAAUGCAAAUGCAAUCUAUGGGCACAAGUACAUUAUGUGAUAAGGGUUUCUGGUAUUCUGCCCCACAUACACGUAGAGACAUGUUUUCUCGUGUCACGUGUCUUUAAGCUACCCGGAAAACAACAGCUUUCAUCUGUCGUCUUUGAAUGUAAGACUUGUACAAGAUUCGUGUUUUGCAGUAAAGCAGGGCAAAGAUCUUGUGCAACUAUGUGUGCCAUUACUACAAAUGCUUAUUGUCUAUAAUCUGUGGAACAGAAUCUAUUGUACAGAAUUAUAAUAGCUACAUAAUGUACUUGAUAUCUGCACGUAGUAAGUUUGUAACCGUCAUUGGUUGUUGGUACGACUUGCUGUUACAUAUUAAGAGCAUUUCAACUUAUCCUUCAAGCCCCCUUACAUACAGAAUUGGUUUUUCGAUAAGGCAAUUCCCUAAAUCAUAUGGAUUUGUAGACGUAUAAUACAAUUGAUUUGCUAUUAGAACGCAUUAUAAUUGAUACUUUCCCAUUUUACGAGUACUAUCUUGUAGAUUUGGUAUUUAAAAGGAUUAGGGAACGGACUCAAAUGGUGCUUUAACCGUAUUUGAGUAACUGAACCUGAUUUCUUUGGAUUUGAUCACAUAAAAAUGACUGAUCAGGUGGAUUUAUAACAUUUCAGAGACUUAGAGCAGCUUAAGUCAGGGACUUGUAAUGUUGUAAAUUAUCAAUGGUGUGUUCCGACACAUGAUACCAUGGCAAAACGUAAAGAUCCGUUUUAUCAUGACGUAUGCGGCAAAUGUAAAUUUGUGGUGUCUCCUUUCAAAUGUUUCAUGAAUCGUCAACUUUUACGACGCCAAGCCAAAUUGCGGCAGCUCAGACCGAGUUGAGCUAUAUAAGCCGUUUCACUGUUCCCAAUGCGCUGGUGCAGUCUUGGUGCAUUGUGGUGUAAGGUCAAAUGCCUCUGGUUGUAGACAAAAAAGCACCCUCAGAAAUUUGGAAUGACUUAUUCUUCAAAGCCACUCAUAGAUUGCUACCUAAAAUAGUACAGCACCCUAUUCACCUAUUGACAAUAUCAGUGUUCUCUUGAAUGUACAUGUACAUAUGCAUUUAAAUGGUUAGUCUAUAUCAAACUUGUGUAAAAGUCUCUUUUCGUACCGGCAAAGAUAUCAAGCUUGUCCGUACGAUUGGCCGGUGCUUGUAUGUAUGUAUAUUUAGUGAUCGUGGAUGCAGGCCAUCCAAAUAAACGUUUCAGGGUGAAUAAACCCAUCUAUUGAUUCUUCAUUUUAAUACGUCACGUUGUAACACUACGAAGAAAGAACGGUACGAGGUUGUUUGGCUUACUUGAUGACAAGUUUACAUAUCUCCGUAAAAGGUUUCAUCAUCACGUCACUGAAUAAAGAUACUCUUUCUUACACAACCAUUAGCCUGGGUACCAUCGUAUUUCUACCGGGAUCCGGGUAGCGAGUGUGAGGAGCCCAGGUAGAAAUAGGAUGAUAUCUAGGCUAUGCAACCAUGCGGUAAAUAUAUUCACGUAAAGCACUUUUUAAAAAAAUCU